AUGGUACACGAAAGAAAGCAAUUAGUUUCCUGCCACUGUUUCUUCCUGUUAACAGCCAAAUUGUACUGGAUACUCACCCUGAUGCAAAAAACUCAUGGCCAGGAAUAUGCCCAUUCCAUCCGACUGGAUGGGGACAUCAUCUUGGGAGGACUGUUCCCCGUCCACGCAAAAGGGGAGAGAGGGGUGCCUUGUGGGGAGCUCAAGAAGGAGAAAGGAAUCCACAGACUAGAGGCAAUGCUGUAUGCAAUUGAUCAGAUUAAUAAAGAUCCUGAUCUUCUUGCCAACAUCACCUUAGGUGUCCGGAUCCUUGAUACGUGUUCCAGGGACACUUAUGCGUUGGAGCAAUCCUUAACAUUUGUCCAGGCAUUGAUAGAGAAAGACGGUUCAGAUGUGAAGUGUGCUAAUGGUGACCCACCUAUUUUUGCUAAGCCAGACAAAAUAUCAGGUGUGAUAGGUGCUGCAGCAAGUUCUGUGUCCAUUAUGGUUGCAAAUAUUUUAAGACUUUUUAAGAUACCUCAAAUCAGCUAUGCAUCUACAGCUCCAGAACUGAGCGAUAACACCAGGUAUGACUUCUUCUCUCGAGUGGUCCCACCUGACUCCUACCAAGCACAGGCCAUGGUUGACAUUGUGACAGCUCUUGGGUGGAACUAUGUGUCAACACUGGCUUCUGAAGGCAACUAUGGAGAGAGUGGUGUGGAGGCCUUCACUCAGAUCUCCAGAGAAAUUGGAGGUGUUUGCAUUGCCCAGUCACUCAAAAUCCCUCGGGAACCAAGACCAGGAGAAUUUGAAAAGAUCAUCAAGCGCUUGCUGGAAACUCCAAAUGCUCGAGCAGUGAUCAUGUUUGCAAAUGAAGAUGAUAUUAGGCGAAUCCUGGAAGCUGCAAAAAAAGCAAAUCAGUCUGGACAUUUCCUCUGGAUUGGCUCAGAUAGCUGGGGAUCAAAAAUUUCACCUGUUCAGCAGCAGGAGGAGAUUGCAGAAGGAGCAGUUACAAUUCUGCCCAAAAGGACAUCGAUAGAUGGAUUUGAUAGAUAUUUUCGGAGCCGAACUCUUGCCAACAAUAGAAGAAAUGUGUGGUUUGCAGAAUUUUGGGAAGAGAACUUUGGAUGCAAGUUAGGAUCACAUGGAAAAAGAAACAGCAAUAUCAAGAAAUGCACAGGCUUAGAAAGAAUUGCAAGAGAUUCAGCCUAUGAGCAAGAAGGAAAAGUUCAGUUUGUAAUUGAUGCAGUAUAUUCCAUGGCCUAUGCACUGCACAACAUGCAUAAAGAUCUCUGUCCUGGAUAUAUUGGUCUAUGUCCAAGGAUGAGCACAAUAGAUGGUAAAGAACUACUUAGCUACAUCCGAGCAGUGAACUUUAAUGGGAGUGCUGGAACACCUGUUGUCUUCAAUGAAAAUGGAGAUGCUCCUGGACGCUAUGAUAUUUUCCAGUAUCAAAUAACCAAUAAGAGUACAGAAUACAAAGUAAUUGGUCAGUGGACUAACCAACUUCAUCUCAAUGUAGAAGAUAUGCAGUGGGCUAAUAGACAACGCACUCAUCCAGCAUCUGUCUGCAGCCUGCCCUGUAAAGCUGGGGAAAGAAAGAAAACUGUGAAGGGGGUGCCCUGCUGCUGGCACUGCGAACGCUGUGAGGGCUACAAUUACCAGGUGGAUGAAUUCAACUGUGAGCUGUGCCCCAUUAAUAAGAGACCAAAUGCCAACCGUACGGAUUGCCAGCUUAUCCCUAUAAUCAAACUGGAGUGGCAUUCUCCUUGGGCCAUUGUUCCUGUCUUCAUAGCUAUUCUCGGUAUAAUUGCCACCACCUUUGUGAUUGUGACAUUUGUCCGGUACAAUGACACACCCAUCGUCAGGGCCUCUGGACGGGAGCUCAGUUACGUGCUCUUGACUGGGAUUUUUCUCUGUUACUCCAUUACUUUUUUAAUGAUUGCGACUCCUGACACAGUGGUCUGCUCAUUUCGAAGGAUCUUUUUAGGACUUGGCAUGUGUUUCAGCUAUGCCGCCUUGCUAACCAAAACAAACCGGAUUCACAGAAUAUUUGAGCAAGGUAAAAAAUCUGUCACAGCUCCCAGAUUUAUUAGUCCAGCUUCCCAGCUGGUGAUCACUUUCAGCCUCAUAUCCAUGCAGCUUAUUGGAGUCUUCAUCUGGUUCGCUAUUGAUCCACCACAUACCAUCGUGGACUAUGGAGAGCAGAGGACACUGGAACCAGAAAAUGCCAGGGGAGUUCUCAAAUGUGACAUUUCUGAUCUUUCGCUCAUUUGUUCCCUGGGAUACAGUAUUCUCUUGAUGGUCACAUGCACUGUUUAUGCUAUAAAAACAAGAGGGGUUCCAGAGACCUUCAACGAAGCAAAACCCAUUGGAUUUACCAUGUACACAACCUGCAUAAUCUGGUUAGCUUUUAUUCCAAUCUUUUUUGGUACAGCCCAAUCAGCAGAGAAGAUGUACAUCCAGACAACAACACUUACUGUCUCCAUGAGUUUAAGUGCUUCUGUGUCUCUGGGCAUGCUCUAUAUGCCCAAGGUUUAUAUUAUCAUUUUUCAUCCAGAGCAGAAUGUUCAAAAACGGAAGAGGAGCUUCAAGGCUGUGGUGACAGCUGCCACAAUGCAAAGCAAACUGACCCAAAAAGGAAAUGACAGACCAAAUGGAGAAGUCAAAACUGAACUAUGUGAAAGUCUUGAAACCAACACCUCCUCUACCAAGACAACUUAUGUCAGUUACAGCAAUCAGACAAACUGAGCAGGGAUGAUAUUCACUGGAAGACCUGCAGGAUGUGAUCUUGCAAUCAAAGACUUUACCACCACCAGAAUUCAGUCUUGGAAACAUCAGUAGACUACAUUCAAAUCAAUAGUCAGUCUUCUAGAGGACAUGGAUUAAACAAGAGGCAAAAGUCUAAAAGAGACAGGGGAAGGAAAAUUCCAAUUUUAAAACAUAGAGUGUGUCAAGCUUCUGAACUGUUAACUCACAAAAGGAAGUAAAUCACAAGAGGAAAACAAAUGUUAGCUUGUGAAAAAAAAAAAUGCUGUUGAAAUAAAUCAUGUCUGAUGUCAUAUUUGUAAGUACUUUUUUGUGACUGUGACAAUUUCCUUUCCUGUCCUACAUUGUUCA